GGUUCUGCCUCUAUAGUUCAUGUUCUUUCCUUUUCUUUUUCUCUAAAAUUCGGGAAAGAACAAUCCUCCAAAGUUCUUGAAAAAUAGGCGUUGUGUUCCGUCGGUAACAAUUAAUCUAAGAAGAAGAAGAACAUUUUCGUUUCAAGUUUUCGGAAAAACAGAUUAGUAUCUAGAGCAUGGGAAAAUCUGCUGCAGAUGACAAGAUUCUCAGUUACAACGAUGUUGUGCUUAGACGAUCAGACUUGGACAUCCUCAGUGGUCCGUAUUAUCUGAAUGAUAGAAUCAUCGAGUUCUAUUUUAGUCUCCUAUCUUCAAGUCAUCCUUCAGAGGACAUCCUAUUGGUUCCACCAUCAAUUGCUUUCUGGAUAACUAACUGCCCCGAUGUUGAUGGUCUCAAAGAUUUUCUGGAACCCCUUAAAUUGCCGGAUAAGAACCUCGUGAUUUUUCCGGUCAAUAACAACGAUGAUGUAAGCUUAGCUGAAGGCGGAAGUCACUGGAGCUUACUUGCAUAUUACCGAAGUGCUAAUAUCUUUGUCCAUCACGAUAGCAAUCAGCAAAUGAAUAAGAGGCAUGCUAUGAAGCUGUUUAAAUCUGUGGUUGGUUAUAAUGGUGGUCCAAGUUCAACCAGUAAUGACAAGUAUCAAGAAUGCAUCGACACACCUCAGCAAGUUAAUGGCUACGAUUGUGGCUUACACGUUACAGCUACUGCGAGAACCAUAUGCUCAUGGUAUGAAAGCAGUGAAAACAAAGAUGGCACUGAUUUGUGGUUUUCUGCUCUAAAGGAGCAGGUGACUCCGUCGGUGGUGGGUGAAAUGAGGAAAGAGAUACUGGGGUUGAUCAAAGAUCUAAUGGCCAAGCAAUGAGAGAUAUUGAAUGGGGACGUGUCAGGUUGGGUGUGCAAGAAGAUGAUGUUCUGCCAUUUCAUGGAUCUUGUAUGAAUUUCAAGUUUCCUUUCAAAAUCUGGGACUUUGUUUUCUGGAUAGCAACUUAAGCAGGCAAUGUAUGGCAGUCACAUGCAUGCUUGAAAACUUUGUUGUUCUAACUUUCAUAUGGAUCCGAUAUUUACACCUAUGUGUCGGACAUAAAUAUGAAUUCGAUGCUCGCAUCCACAUUGAGAAUGAAAAUCGUGUAUCACUAAAUGCUUAGGAAA